AUGCCGUCAGCUACCGUGUCAACACAGUCACAGCCUGAGCAGAAGUUCAACGGCGGCGCCUCGGGAGAGGCUCCUAGUGCAAACAGCAUCGGCGAACAGGUUCAAGGUUACGCCAAUCGCGCGCGCGACACUGCUGGGCAUUUGAGCAACCAGGCCGCCGAAACAGGCCGCAACGUGCUCGAUCGGGUUUCUACACCUGAACAGCGCGAGGCUCUCGUCAACAAAGCACGGAAUUUCAUCAAUGCUCAUCCCAAGGUGUCUGCCUUGCUCGGCUUGAACCUGGUUUUCACAGGCAUUCCGCUGCUGUUGUUCAUUCUCUUCAGCAUCACAACCUUGGUUACCAGCGUGGUCGUGGCUCUCGUUGUUGCUCUGUCCAUCGCUAUCACUUUCACACUGUUUUCGAUCGGUGUCGCUCUCCUGGUCCUCCUUCCGGUCAUCUUCUUCACCACCGCCAGCGCUUGUAUUUUAUUCUUCUGGGGCUUGGCGGGCUAUUUCGUAUUGCGCUGGGCUACCUCAGAGAAGAGCAUGGAGGACGGACAAGGAGGUCGGACAAUCGGCGAAAGGAUCAACAACCUCACUGGUGGAAGACUCGACCAAUUUGUGGGUCGAGCACAGGACGCGAAAAGGGAGAUCGAAGGACAAAAUCGAAAAAUCCGCGUCAACUAA